CCUCUUUCGUGAAAGGAGAAAAUCCUUCAUGUCUUGGCGUGAGCUCCUUCCCCCCUGGCUGGUGAUUGUAGCAGGACUGACGGGCAUUGUGCUGCUCUGUGUCUCCACCAAAGAUGUGCCCAUGGCCCCACUCAGGACCAAGUAUGGCAUUGUUCUGGAUGCUGGCCCAUCCCGCACCAUCCUGUUCAUCUACCAAUGGACAACCACCAAUGCAAGCAAGACUGGGGUGAUCAGAGGAUGCAGUUCCUGUCCUGUGCAAGGUCCAGGAGUCUCCAGCUACUCAGAUUCUCCUCAGAAAGCUGGGAAGAGCUUGGAGCUAUGUUUGAACUGGGCCCAGAAUGAGAUCCCAGCAGAGCAGCACAGCCAAACCCCCCUGUACUUGGGAGCCACCGCCAGCAUGAGGCAGCUGAACCUCACCCAUCCCAUCCUCUCUGACAGUCUCCUUGCAGCUCUGACUGGCACCCUGAAGUCAUCCCCCUUCAACUUUCAAGGGGCACAAAUCCUGUCCAGCCCAGAGGAAGAAGCAUUCAAUUGGGUUGCUGUUAACUAUGUCCUGGAGAACUUCUUCAAGUAUGACUGGCGAGGACAGUUGGUCCCCUCCAGGAAGGGGAUGGCAGGAGUCCUGUCUGUGGGAGGAAGCUCAGCACAGCUCACUUCUGAGCUGGAAGAAGAGAAGCAGGCCCCAAAGGAGGGAGUGAGGCUGCAGCUGUACGGGCAGACUCACAGGGUGCUGACCCGCCAGUGCCCCUGCCAUGGCACGGAGCAGCUCCGCAGCAGGCUGCUGUCUGUGCUCAUCCAGGAUCAGAGAAGUGCUAAAACCGUGUCCAAUCCCUGCUGGCCCCUCACCUACUCCCGAGAAGUGCAGUGGCAGUCAGUGCAUGCUGGGCCCUGUGCUGCCAGUGAUGACACACAGGACAUCCCUGGCCCCAAGGAGAUCUUCAACAUCACAGGCUCCAGCAAUCCCACAGCCUGCAUGAGCCUCGUGCAAAGCCUGCUCAACUCUUCCUCUCCCUGCAGCUUCUCCAAACAUUCCCUCAGCAGUGCCCUCAAGCCCCUUCAGCCCAGGUUUCUGGUGCUUUCUGAGGCCAUGGACUUCAUGAGAGGAAUUGUACCUUCUCCUGACUUGGGUCAGGCUGUCAAGAGGCUGUGUGGGAUGUCUGUCCAAGAGCUGAUAAGGGAGUCCCAGGCAAGCCUGGAUACACUUGUUGAUUACUGCACUGUGUCUGCCUUCAUCUUCCAUCUCAGUACAACAGGGUACACGCUUGACUUUGACCGGCCUGCUUGGACUGCAUUCCAGAAGAUGGGUGAUAGAUCAUCUGGCUGGACUCUUGGGUACCUGCUGAGUCUGACCAGCACCAUGCCCCAGGACAGCCCAAACAUCCUCAAGGGGAUUGAGCCAGGGGUCUGGUCCUUGCUCCUGAUCCUCUUCGUGGUGCUGCUCAUGGGCUCUUUCAUGCGCAUCUCGUACCGAGUGAUGGUCAAGGAGAGCAGCUCCAGCCACAGGAACAGCAGUGUUUUUGAUGACUGACACUCUUCAGUGACUCAAGACUCUUGUCAGAGCACAGUUAACAGGGUCCAGACAGAAAUCACAGAGGUGUAAGUCACUGGAGGAUGCAGUGAUUUUCCUGCAGGGCUCCCAGCAACAUGCUGGUACUUGCACUACUGUACUUGGAGACAAUGGGUCCUGCUCCACAGGAAGUCUGUGAUUCCUGCUGGAUGGCAAGCUAUUCAUUCUCCAAACAAGAACAGCCUGCAUGGCUCUUCCUUGGGCUACAGCUUGGAUUACUCAUGUCAGACAUGAAGUGAUGCCUCUGAGCAGGCAGGCCCUGAGCUAAUGUGAAGUUAAUCUUGUACACUCCUGUCAAAUCAGAGGAGGUGUGUCUGAAAAAGAGUCUCUGUCCUCUUCUGUGGCCUCUUGAGAGAUGAUACCUGCAGCAUUGCCAUUAGUGAAGAUUGGAAGGGCAUUAAAAUACAAUCAGAAUAUAAGAUCCAACUGCUUCCAUGUUCUAUGGAAAAUGCAGGUAUUUUCUACCUGAUCUGUCUGUGCUUCCAUCUCAGUGAUGAUGGCCACAUGUCCCUUCCAAUGAACACUCCUGCUGACCAGGAAUCCUUCAAAACAAAUCCUUCCUAGUCUUGGCCUCUUCAAAAUGUGCAGAAGAUCAAAGGAGAAACAAAAGGCACAGAGCACAGCUGAGUUUUUGUCUCUCAGCUGAG